AUGGCCGCUUCAUUUUCUCCUAGUAUAAUGGAUGCGCCCCUCCCAAGAGAUUUUAGGUUGCCCACUAUCAAGGCCUACACCGGGACUUCUGACCCGCGUGUCCACAUGACAAGGUACAAGGCAGCCAUGGUAAUGACCGGGGUAGGCAACGCCAUAAUGUGCAGAGCGUUUUUGUCCACUUUGGACGAAACCGCCCAAGAUUGGUUCAACACGAUAUCGGAUGGUUCGAUCCAGAACUUUGCGGGGUUGUCCAAACAUUUCUUGACUUAUUUCUUCCGGCAUAUACAACACAAGAAACUAUUUUCACAUCUCUACGAAGUAAAGCAGGGCAGGGGCGAAAGCUUAAGAAAUUUCUUAAGCAAAUGGAAGACAGAAGUCAACAAUGUGUGCGACUUCGAUUCUAAAGCGGCAAUCCUCAUGUUCAUCCAGGCAUUGAGGUUAGGAAAUUUUCAUAAACAACUGAACACUCACCAUCCACGCUCCUAUGAGAAGCUAAUGAGGAUAGCAAACUGCUAUGCCGAGGUCGAGGAGGCUGAUAGAAAGAAGAAAGAUGAGGAAGAGGGCAGGAGGAGUGGGUGA